AUGACAGCCUCGUCACUGCCGGUGGUGUUCAGCGGGAUGGUCUAUCAAGAUGACCUUCUGGAGAACCCGUUCUUCAAUCCGCCCUUCGGGGUAUGCUCAACAGCCUUUUUCGCCGCGUAUCUGUUGCUUGACAUUGCCAUUGGCUGGUUUUACUACCGAGAGAAGCUCGAUCCCAUCACCGGGUGGCUGCACCAUGCGCUCUACCUGUCGAUAUGCAUCACAGCGAUCCAGCUCGGCGCUACCGGGUUGUUCAUGUUGGCAUGCUUCAUGGAGCUCCCGACCAUCUUUCUGUCGCUCGGCCAUAUCCAUGCCCCCUGGCGAAACGACCUGAUCUUUGGAUCGGUGUUUUUCCUAACCCGGAUCGUCUACCACGGCUAUCUCAUCUGGCACGUCAAGGUCCAUAUGCCGAGCAACUACUACUUUUACGUGCUGGCGAUUCUGGUGCUCCCGAUGCACCUGUACUGGUUCUAUCGCUUUGCUAUGCAGCAGAUUCGGAAUUGGCGCAGGUCCCGGUCCUUGGCUCUGGAACAGUCCUCGGGUGUCUAA